AGCUUUUGCAGGAGAAAACUGGCAGGGCGAUUUUUACGUUUGUUUGCUUGCAUUGCACGAACAUCCUGAAACCAAUUUCAAUUCAAUUUGAAUUGAUUCAUUGCAGGAUGACUAGUGAGAGUAUCAAAGUUAUAUGAUGCACCCUAAUUUUAUGCUUUUUGGUAGAAAGUGGGCUCAGACUGACUUGCGCUGGCGCCUGGCACUGACAUCCAGCUCACGUACCCAAGGCCAUCUAUAGAAGGAAAAGUUGAAGUCUGUGCAAAAGAAAAAAGAAAAAAUAGAUAGAAAUGGACGAUCUGCAAGGAGAGGUCAAGGACUUUGUAAGUCAGCUUGGCUUUGAGAAGUUCAGCAAUAUCCACAUAGCCUCUGACGAUGAUUCACCCAGUGAUAAACCAGUCAAAUCAGCUCAGAAACGCAAACAAGUGAAGCAGAAGGAGCGGAAGUCCAAGCCGGCCGAUGGUGCACCGACCGGUAGCGAUAAGAAACAAGCUCGCCACACCCCUGAUACAAAGAAGGGGAAGGGUCAUCACACCCCAGAUGGAGAUAAGGGAAAAGGCCAACACACCCCUGAUGGAGGAAAGGGCAAGGGACGCUGUGCUACCACUGGAGCCACAAAACAGUCCAGCGACCGACCCGCAGACGGAUCCGAGAGCUCUCCAUCGACCCCAAAGGAAUCUCGGAAGGCUCGUAAGCGGAAGGCCGGCCGCCGCUCUCAGCAGACGGACGGAGACGCGGCCGUACAGGUGGACCAGAUCUCCAGUUCGACGGCUGACGACACCGGCAGCCCCCCGCCGGUACCCGCCGCCUCGGCCGGUGCCUCCAGCGGUGUAACCAAGUGGUACCAGAACUCUGUGACUGAAGACGCGGACGCUGCGCCGGUUCCUCCCCCGGCCGCCGGAGCGCUCCUCCAGGAGGCGUCCGCGGCGCUGGCACAGGCCGUGAAGGCGUUCAAGGCGGACGGUGGCGGCGGUCAGUCGGGCUGGACACAGACGGUUCUCACCUCGGGUACCGUGUCGGAUAAGCUGGCGGCGCGACAGGCGCUGCUGGCCAGUCGGCCGCUGGUGGCGCUACACCUCAUUGAGGACACCGUCCGAAUGGUGGCGGCCAAGGGGAAGGGACACGCCAUGCAGGCCAUGCAAAUGCUGGCCAACUCAUUCGGCGCCCAUCUGCUGCCGCCGGGCCGGAAACUGAAGCUGUUUAAGCAGCAGCCUCUGGGGGCGCUGCAGCGUAUAUCUGGGGGUGACCCGGCAAUCAGGAGACGCCAGCUGAUGCUGUGGCUGUUUGAGGAGCGCCUGAAGUCUGUAUACGCCGACUUUGUCGGCCGGGUCCGAGAGAUGUCGCACGAUACUCUGGAGAAGACCCGCAAACACGGUGUGAACACGCUCUCACAGCUGCUGGUCGCCCAUCCGGAGCUGGAACAGAGACUGCUGGAGGUGCUUGUGAACAAGCUCGGCGACGAGAAGAAGUCGGUGGCGUGUCUGGCGGUUCGCCGGCUGGGCGCCCUGCUCCGCGCUCACCCGGCCAUGCGCACGGUGGUCGUCAAAGAGGUGGAGCGGCUGCUCUUCAGGCAGAACGUCGGCAAGCGUGUCCAGUUCUACGGAGUCACCUUUCUCUCACAAGUGCAGUUCUCCGACGAGGGCGACGAAGCGUUGGCGCAGCGCAUCGUCAAAAUCUACGUGGGAUUCUUCCGUGCCUGCGUUAAACAGGCGGAGCUGGACGCGCGUCUGAUGCGCGCCCUGCUCACGGGCCUGUCGGGCUGUGUGGGCCGCGCCCGUCUGGUGGGGGAGCAGCUGCAGCAGUAUGUCCACCCGCUACACCACAUCGCCCAGCUGGCCAACUUUGGAGUGGCCACGCAGGCGCUGCUGCUCAUGUUCCGACUGACCACGGCAGGCGGACAGACGGAGCCGACUGAUAGGUACUACAGCACGCUGUACAAGAAGCUGGUCCACCCGGGUCUGGCCACCUCCCAGAAGGUGGCUGACUUCCUGAACCUCGUGUACCGCUCCAUCCGUCUGGAUCCGUGUGAGCCGCGCGCCCGUGCCUUCAUCAAGCGUCUCCUGCAGGCGUGCCUGCACCAGACGGCGGCGCUGGCCUGCAGUGUGCUGCUGCUCGUGUCGGAGUUGCUGAAGCGCCGACCCGAGCUGGCGCGACUGUCCGGUCUGCCCGCGCCGCCGGCCGAGUCGUGGUCGGACCGGCCGGACGGAGAGGCAGAGGAUGACGAGGAGGCGCCCAGGGAUGUGCCUCUGUCUGAUGAGGAGAGAGGGGGAGACGAGGACGGCCCGGCGGCCGUUCCGCCGCCGCCGGCCGGCUGGCAGUUCGUGGCGACUGGCGGAGCCACCGCCGCCGGUCGGGAGAGGAGACGGUAUGAUCCGCUGUACAGGGAACCGCGCUGGUGCCGCGCGGAGCGAGCUGCUCUCCACGAGCUGGCCCCGCUGGCGCGCCACCUACACCCGACCCUGGCGCUGUUCGCUGGACAACUGCUGACCGGGCAGAAACCGACCUAUACCGGGAAUCCGCUGCACGACUUUCAGCUGAUGCACUUCCUCAACAGGUUCUGCUACAAGAACCCGAAGGCCUCGGCCCGCUCGGGCGCGGAGGAGGCCCGCCGCCUGCCGGUGAACGCCGCCGGAUACGCGCGCCUUCCGACCAGCCAGGUGCCGCACGACGAGCGAUUCUUCCACAAGUACUUCUCAUGGCGAGCCGAGAAGCUGGGAACGGCCGACCCGGCGCCGCGAAUCACCGACGAGUCCGGUGACGUGACCGACGAGGCGUUCGACUCGUUCCUGGACGGAUUCUUCGGAAAGAAGGCCGAUGGCGUCGACUUUCUGGCCGAGAUGGCCGACGGAGGCGCCGAGCCCGGCUCGGAGGACGAGGAAGGCGACGGAGACCAGCUCGCUUCGGGCUCUGAUGACGAUGACGAGCUGGACCUCGGAGAGGACGAUGAUGACGAUGAGAUGGAGGAGGACAGUCUCGGGGAGGACGAGGACGAUGACGAAGAAUUUGCCGUCCCGGCCAAGAAGUUCAAAUCGUCGUCAAUGGCAGGGAAGCGGAAAGGAGGAAAGGGAGACGUCUCCGACCUGUUCGCCUCAGCAGAUGACUUCUCCGAGCUCCUGGAGGAGGGGGUUGAGGCCAGCGAGGCGGCGGAGAAGGCCAGCAAAACCAACCGUCACCAACUGCAAUGGGAGGAGAGUGGCUCUGGGAAAAGGCGCCGCCAGGGCUCAGGGAAGAUCGACCGGAGAGGAAAGCACAAGGCCAAGAGGGCGGGCAGCGCUCGGGGCCGUCGCUCAAAGUAACUUCGGGGUGCUUUGGGGAGGGAGGGAGUGUCAGCUCCAUGUCGGCUUGUUCAUGGUUAGAUAUAUUGACAAAUAUAUGCUCAUCGUGUCUGC